GCUGAUGAGAACUGACCAAUCUCAGCGGGGUCCGCCCGAGCCCGUGUUUGCAGGUUGUUGCCGCUGUUGCCCUCCAGCUGCAAUAUUCUGACAUUUUUAGGGAUGUCGUCGUGCGCGGUCCCAGGCUGCAGGAAUCACAAAAAAGUUGCGGAAAAAAGCACGCUGAGUUUUCACCGAUUCCCGACGAGAAACGCUGUCAGGUGUCGGGACUGGCUGGCGCGCAUACGAAACAAGGCGUUCGAUGAAAACACGCCGCUGGAAAAACUGAAAUCGUAUCGAGUGUGCAGUCAGCAUUUCACUGAAGAUGACUUUAAAACAGAUUACAUGCACCUGGUCAUGGGGACAAAAGAAAGGAGAGAACUGGUGGAGGGCGCAGUCCCUUCCAUUUUCCCGUGGACCGUGAAAAGUGAACCAGAUAGCGAGGGGAGAUCUCCCAGCAGCGCCACAGAAGAAAAACGCAAACGCUUGGAGAGACACAACACAGAGCACAGGAUGGACGCUGCGGAGACGUCCUGGAACUCGGAGGAAAUCAUUUCUGUCGUCAUCAAAGAGGAGGCUCUGCAGUAUGAACUGGAGCCGGAGCUGAAUCAGCAGCAUGGACUGAAAUCAGAAUCACGGGGUCAGAUCAAGCAGGAGGACAGAGAGCAGGCGAUACAGAGGGACAGUCCUGUGGCAGAGGGCCGCCAGCUGAAGCUGUGUAAAGAGGAAGUGAAAAAGGAGGAGAAUGAGGAUGAGAGUGACUUUGUGGAUGCCACAGUGCGAUGCAGUGAUGCAGUUAUAGGAAAGAAAGGGUGGCUGCAACCUUCGCUGAGUCAUCUCCAGGCUACCCAGAGCCAACCAGCAGCGCCUCCCACCACACAGGCUCCGAAAACCAUCCUUGGGAGACACAACACAGAGCACAGGAUGGACGCUGCGGAGACGUCCUGGAACUCGGAGGAAAUCAUUUCUGUCGUCAUCAAAGAGGAGGCUCUGCAGUAUGAACUGGAGCCGGAGCUGAAUCAGCAGCAUGGACUGAAAUCAGAAUCACGGGGUCAGAUCAAGCAGGAGGACAGAGAGCAGGCGAUACAGAGGGACAGUCCUGUGGCAGAGGGCCGCCAGCUGAAGCUGUGUAAAGAGGAAGUGAAAAAGGAGGAGAAUGAGGAUGAGAGUGACUUUGUGGAUGCCACAGUGCGAUGCAGUGAUGCAGGUGUUUCACUCUCUCUCAGCAGCCCUGAUUAAAGACCAGCUCUUACCCCUGACCGGUCACUCUUCCCUUUAUACCAGCUUCCAGUACAUGGUUUGUUUUAUCAGUGUACACCCCAUCAGUCUCUAUC